GACAUGAACUCUGAUGAAGAGUCGAACUGUAUUGAAGACGAAGAAAUGAUGGAAUUUAAAAUUAUACAUUCUCUGACUGGAUCAAUGGAAGUAAAUAUUUGGCCAGAAGGUCAUGAGGACCUGUGGGAGGAAAUAGCAGCGGAGGUGCCGCCAUUCACUUGGGAUGCUGAAGACGAUGACACGUUGAAGUCCAAAGCGGUUAAGAAGGAUAAAAGUACGAAGGAAACAACCACUGUUAAGCGAGGGUCAAUGGUGACAGUGACCAUCAAAGAUACUAAGGACCUGCCACCUUACACCCUGCCGGGAAUCUCGCCAGGUCACGAGAUGGCCCUCUACGUGUCUAUGGUCAGAGACGUGCCGGUGAAGAAACCUCUGCCGGAGCCAGGUAUUCUCAAUUGUUUCAGAGAGGGUCAAUGGUGAUAGUGACCAUCAAAGAUACUAAGGA